UUUCUUAUAAAUAAAUAAUAAAAUAUUAUAUUUAUAUUUUAAAAAUUCAUAAAUACAAAUAAUUUUUAUUUAGACUUAAAAUUAAUUUUUUUAAUUGAUCUUAAAAUGGAUUCUCCUCAAAAUCAGAAAUGUUAUAAAGAGCCGGCGUGCGAUAAAAAUACUUCAAUUGACACACGGGAAGAGACGGUAAAAGACCACUUAAAAAAUGAAGGUUGUGAAAAUCAAAAGCCUGAAACGAAAAACGGGCAAUUUUACAAAUGUUGUACUUUAUCGCCGGUUGCACCAACCCCUUUGAUCCAUAUCGAUUGUUGUGAAAAAGCUAGACCUUGCAAAGGCAAUUUUUGUUCAACAGUAAAUGCCGACUGUGACGAUUUCGAAUUAACACCAUAUGGAAAAGAAUUCGUUUUAAGAACUGGAAGAAUAAUUCAAAAUUGUAUAUGUGUAAAACUCAAUGGCUUACAAGAUUCGUGUAAACAUCCUGGUUGCUGCACUAAAAUAGGCUGCAUGGAUAUUCCGUUUCCAAAUUGUCCACCAGCACGUUUAUGGAAAAAUGAAUACAUCUGCAGAAAUAAGAAGAAACCCCAACCUUGUUCAGAUAUAUAAAUAAAAUUAACAAUAGAAAAUA